AGCUGAGCGGCCCGACUGCGUGGAUUUGGGGAUUACCGAAUACAACUCCACCCUCAAAAACCGAUUCCGUUCAACGAAGUUCACCUGAUUAACCUGGCAGGAUGAGAUCACCAUCAGUUAAAUUUGCUCUUAUAUACAUGAUGCUUGAAGACAUCAUGUAUAUAUAUCUGGUUGAGACGACCCUGCUCGUAUGCCGUUACAUGAAGGCCCGCACUAAACGCAGGAGACGUCGUACUCUCGAAAUUGCGAGGCAAUACAGUGUUUUGAACAAGGUUCCCUUGCAGAUCGAACGCUUGAACAGGCUCAUUCAUGUCACAGAUACAGAUUGUAUGGAUGUGUGCUUCCAUAAAUAUUUGUACCAUCAACAACACAAAAAAAUCAAGCUUGGUAGAUAUACGUCUAUCAUCCAUCAUCUUAGUUCCAUCAAGUUGAGUAAUUGUUCUAGUUGGCUAGAGAUAGGUUUAAGGGGAGGGGGUAGAUAAAUGUCAAUCAUAGAAUCAAUGUUAACCAUUCUAUUUAAGCAUCCAGUACCUCACUUUGAUUUACACAAACAGAUUCAUGCUCCAAAAAUUCCCUCGGCCAACAUGAUCCCCCCCACAAGCAGCCUAUUUGUAUUAUGGUAAUUGGUCGCCCGAGGCUGACGAGAUCGUGUUAAACACGACCAUCAGGCUGAAAGGAGCGACGAACUGAGUGCUCCAUGACUUCCCCCAUUGGUUUGUGAUGACAGCGCAGCAGGAGGUGGCGGCGAAGAUGUCUAUCCAAGUAACUGAGUCAGAGAUCAAGCAGGGACUUGAUUUCAUGAAACUUAGGUACGACAUAUUCAAGAGGUUGCAGGAUGACGGAGCUUCGUGGGACGUCGGGGCGGCGUUUGUACGGGCUAGUGACGACCUCUGGGCAACAAUACUCCAGAGAACUCCUUUCGCCGGGGCAUAUUACCACCGUGAUGACCCUUAUUUCUCGAAGCUCGCUUGCUUGUUCGGGUUAGGCAAAGUGAAGAAGGAAGAGGAUGUAGAAGUUGUACUCAUAUCUGACCGGACGGAGAAGGUAUCCGCUGAUGAGCCAAGUUGUUACGAGAUUACUAGGUGUGACGCAGAGGUGACAUCGCCGACUAUUUUCCCACCACGUACGGUCUGCCGGAAGCUAUUUCCGGAGGAUGACGAACCCCCGACGAAUCGCGAAUCAACAAAUGAAGUUGGCAUUUGUUUCAUUGACUUGGAUGCCGAUGGGCAGCUACGCACUAGGUUUGAGAAGGGUAGGGACUUGCCCACCGUACCCGACGGGAAGAAAGACAAGGGUGGCCCGUCAAGGGUCUCACCAAACACGAGCUCGUGUGCGUCGAACUCACCUAAGCAGCUUGGCCGUAUAUUUACAAAAAGCCAAGAGUGUAGAUCGGGUAGAAUGGAUAUUGCUCAUGGGUGCCCAAGUGAUUAGCUAUGCGAUGUUGGUAUAAUAUAUGUCGCUGAUUUUGAAAAUUUCUGUUUGGGACUUACCUUUUGCUACUAGUAGAAGCUUUAGUCAUCAUGUAGUAGUUAAAGCUUAUUAUGAAUAGGUUUGGCAGUACCUAUGUUAUGGUGUGGUGUGUCCAUAUGUAUUGUGAAUAGGGUGUUUCGUGUAGUGAAGAGGGCAAUUUUAAGUUGGCCUUUGUCA